AUGCCGGCGCCGGACAAGUCUGGUGCGGCUAGUGUCAGGCCGCUUGACACUGAGGAGAUGGGCAGGUGGCUGCGACAUCUGCUUACGGGUUCGGGAUCGAAGCAAGCUGACAGAAAGCUAUCAUCGCACAGCUGCAAGUGUACCAUGUUGAGCUAUGCGGCAAAGAGGGGAAUCAGUAUAGUCGACAGGCAGCUGCUGGGAUAUCACACGACGCCGCGCCGCAUGGCCUUGACAUACUCCCGUGAUUCUGCAGCUCAUCCUUUGAUGAUCUUGGAGCGGAUGAUCAAGGAGAUAAGGGAUCGAGUCUUUCUUCCGGAUGAGACUCGUAGCGGGCGCUUGGUGGGCAAAGCCGCUGACUCGCAGCAGCGGCCAGAGGUAGUUGUGAUAAAGGAGGAGCAUGACCCGCCCUCUCCUAGCGAAGGGGCUGAUGCUGAUCAUAACCUUGCAGGCGAUGAAGAAGCCCUCGACGCUGAGGCCACCGGGCAUAUCACUACGGACUCUUCCUCCAGCGUUCCGAACAUGUCGACCGUGAUCGAAAGUGAGGCUGCCUUUAAGCAGCGAUGUGCUGAAGCUUCGAAGGAUGCGACUCUUCAUACAAAGUUGGGGGCACAAGGCAUCACGUGCUUCAAGACAUUGGCUUUCGCGAUAGGGUCGCCUCAGCAGCCGCCUACGGAGGCUCAGUUUGACGAAUUCAGUGUGAAGGUGUACGGAGUGGUUCCUACCAUGGGGCAAACCGCAAUCCUGCGGCAUCUGCACUUCGAGGCCACGACUCUAGUGGUUCAGACUUACAGGGACAUGGUCACCCACGACCCGUCUGAUCCAUCGCACACCAGGCUGGAAUUCCAGAAGCGGCGACUUUCAGCAGGAAUGGAAAUUUCUGGAGAGCUUGAGCCUUCGCAUCAGCUUCUUGACAUAGCCAAUCAGCAAUACGAGUCCGGAGUUCUUACUUGGAUCCCUGCGUCGAAAUGUGCCAAGAGGGAAGCUGAGGUCCUUGCAUUGGGCAAGGAUAAGAGCUCUUUGUUGCAGGUGGAACAGAACAUCAUAAAGAUGGGCCCUGGUGACCAGGCUAUCGCUUGUGAUGUUUCGGAUCCUCUGCGUUUCCAGUGGGCCAUGAUGCGGAGAGGCAUAGCUUUUGACAACUGUCACCUGCUGUCCUGGGAAGUGCAUCAGAGGUGGGUUCAGAAGAUGCUGGAUUGCCUUUCAGCAACCCCGCCACCGAGUUAUAGCCCAGUCAGUUUGAAUCAAUGCAUGCGUGCGGAUAAGGAGCUUUUCCUGCUAUUGGCCAGGGAGGCUGCGCCUCCUUUCAAGGUGGACUCGCUCGGGGUUUCGCCGCUUGAUGCAAAAUUUUCAGCAAUGAUGUAUGAUGUCCGUCUUCAGCAGUUCCUUUUGCCGCUUCCGAAGCAGACAGCUCCUGUCUUGGCAGUGCCUGUGGAUGAUGGGGCGGGGGAUUCCUCCCAGCCCGUCCCGAAGGGGACAGAAGAUGGAAAUGUUUGUUGGGAUUUCAACCUUGCCUCAGGCUGCUCUCUUAAGACUGAGAAGGGCAAGGGUGUGUUGCAUGAUUCUUCUCACAGUGAGGACUGCACGUCUGGUGCAGCAGCCACUGGAGAGCAGACUAGGCCGUUGGUGUACCGUGCUCUUGAGCAGGUGCGGGGAUUGCGCCGCGACGAGAACAAUCGUGAUGGCCCUACAUUGUUGGUGCCUUUGACGGACUUUGAGAACGGUGAACUUUGGUUUCAGAAGGCUGGAGGUGAUGUCUCUUCGUUGAAUGACCCUUCUUUGGAGGGCCGUGGAACGGUCGCAGAGUUGUCAUGCUUGCAUAUUCGGUGCGUCAGUGCGAGGAGCUCCGGCCUGAAUUACGAGCUGCCGUCGCAGCAUGAUGCCAGCAGUGUCCAGCAGUCGGCGGCGGGCAUGUACUUCGUUGAGUUGUGUGCUGGGCGGGCUGGUGAACAGGUUGUCAUCAUGGAUUUGAGUGAUCCAGCCCAGGCUGAAGCAGUUGUCGAUUUCUUGAGAGUUGAGUAUCAUCACGUCCUCUGUGUUUUCAUCUCACCUCCGGUCGGCGUUGCAUCCGGAUGGCUUGCCGACUUUGCUUGUGAUCUUGGAAUCCUGACAGUCUUGGAGAGUCACAGACCCAAGUUGAUGCAGCUUUGGUCGUCACAGGACGUUUUUGGCAUGCUUGAGGGUCGCUGUGACGGGUCGCACGAGCACAAACCUUGGCGACCUUUCAUUUCGAAAAGGAAGAGAGUGAGCUUCAUCACAGCAGAUGAACCCGAAUUUCCACCGCUCCUAGUGGAUCGUAUCAUUGGUUGCAUCUUCCAUGCGCAUCCCAGCUUGUCCUUCGGGCCACGUGUGCUUGCGCAGGCAAUACAGGAUCCUUCUGCGAAUGUCGCCAGGAUAAAUCUGGGCACUCAGCCCAGGGGGAACUCCUUGCCUUCGCUUGUGUGGGAGUUUGACACUACGUUGGAUUUUCUUGUGCCAGUGCAAAAUGAGAAGCCGUUGGAAGCUGUGCUUUCUUCCCUUCCAAAGGGCUCCAGAAUCUUCUCGAGACGUGUGUGUGAGUGGGGUUCGCUGAAGAGUCUCCUCGAAGGAGUUGGCAAGCUAAAAACAAACAUCGUGGGCUUGGACCCUUUGCAUCCGCCUGCUUUUGCAGAGCUUGUGCAAGUCGGUGUACCGUGCUCUGAAGAUGUCUUUGUUGAGAGAGCUAUGGCGGCAGGACACCCACGGUCCUUGGCAGUCCAUGUUGAGCCUUUCGUCACAGUUAGUGCACGUGCUAACUUUGAGGCUCCCCCGUCAGAACUUGCGGCCUUCAGGAUUGAUGCAAUGAAGUUUUGGAUUGGUCGUGCAGGUGCCCUCAAGGAAAAGGAGCAGGAACUUCACCGAAAUCUCCCUGAUCAUCUGCGGCCCAUACUUAAAGGAAAGAAGCUCUUGCUUCUCCAAGAGAUGAUGAGGGCCGCAGGGUGUGAGGAUGUUGACCUUGUCCAGAAGGCCCAAAUUCAGCGUCGAGACGUUGGGAGUUUUGUCGAAGGGAUAAGUAUCGCCUUGUGGAAGAUCGGAAUAGUCCUUUUCAGGCUAUUCUGGUCUGCCUUUUUCGAUGACUACAGCAUAGUUUCUGCGAAGAGCCUGGAAUCGAACGCCCAGUGGACUGUGGAAACUUUGUUUGACCUACUUGGUUUCCGCUUCGCCAGGGACGGGUCCAAAGCCGAACCCUUCGGAGUUACCUUCAACAUGCUCGGCCUCUCUGUUGACCUGUCUUGUGUAAAGCAGCGGAUCCUUCGUGUGGGUCAUACUCAGAAGCGAAAAGAAGAGCUCAGCGAGUACAUCCAAACCAUCCUGCAGGAAGGAAAGAUCGACUCGAAGGCAGCCGAACGCCUUAGGGGUCGUAUGGUUUUCUUCGAGGGUUUCACUUUUGGAAGGGUGUCUAAUCGGGCUCAGCGAGUAGUUGCAAAGUGCGUGGAAAAGUCUGCCCCUCAGAAUCUUACUGAAGAUUUGAUGUGGGCGUUGACGUGGCUUCGUGAAAGAAUAGCCAUGAGCCAGCCUUUAGUUGUUGAGCGAAACCUCAUCACAACGCUGAUUGUUUUCACUGACGGGGCGUGCAAUCCAGAGGAAGGCACGGGAGGUGUCGGAGGCGUCCUUGUGAAUGCCUCUGGUACUCCGUGCGAGUUCUUUGGUGAGGCAGUUCCAAGCGAUUUGAUGCAGCAGCUUUUGAGCAUCAGUGUGAAUCCCAUUUUCGAGCUUGAGUUGAUUCCAGCACUGAUCAGCCUUAUCAUUUGGGCCGAUUGCUUGAAAGGAGCUCAAGUAGUGUUCUAUCUUGACAAUGAUGGUGCUCGCCAUUCUCUGAUCCGAACCUUUGGCGGUAGCCCACUCGCCAACUCUGUGAUUGAAUCUUUCCUUCAGCUUGAAACCACGUUGCAGCUGAAGACGUGGUUCGCUCGCGUACCGACUGCUUGCAACAUAGCAGACAAUCCCUCACGGCUGGAAUUUGAGCCUCUUUUAAAAAGAGGUGCUGCAAGGCGUGCUAUUCCGUGGGACCAGGUCAUGCCGUAG